CAGUGGGAGGAGUAUGCACCUGUUAGUUAAGCUGCACCUGGUUGUCAGAGAGAAAAGUAUACACGAAACCUGACAGAGAAUAAGAGAGAGAGGGAGAGAAACAGGUGAGAAAAAAAGGUUUCAGGUCAUCCACAUAGGGCAAUGAUCUCACUCAGUAGAUCGGACUGUAAACAGCAUCGAGAGGACUAAACUAAAGGCCAGUAACCUCUGGAGGGAAGACAGCAACCACAGCCUCUGUGACGCACUUUUCACUCGCACAGGGCUCAUCUCUCCUUGGCCAUGGCUACGGCUGAGCCAGCCCCUGCCUGGUGGAAGCUGACCUUCCUUCGCAAGAAGAAAUCUGAGGCCAAGGAGUUGUAUGAAGUACCUGCGGAGUACAGUAAUAAUGCUGAGACAGCACCAGGGACGAGCAGUACGACCGGGACACCUGAUGACUGCCAGUUCAAUGCUCGCCUUGAACGCAUUGUGGACAAAACAGCCACAAAAGGACGGCAUGUUAAAGUCUCCCACUCAGGCCGCUUCAAGGAGAAAAAGCGCAUCCGUGCAACAUUAGCAGAAAACCCAGAAUUGUUCCCCAACCAAGACACUUGUAAUGGGAACCAGAGCACAGGGAACUGAAGGCUGGGACAUCAAUCUGUGCACCUUAAAUUCAUUCACAUACAUAUGCAAAUAAAUUCUAAAUUCAACAGGUUUUGAAUGCUGGAUUAAUUUAGGCAUCAACUAAAUCAAGCAAAACAUGUUACUGCGUUUUAAUAGGGUUCUGCUUAGGAAGUCUUGAUUGCAUUUGUCCAGAGUGGAUAAAAUGUGGUUUCUCUGUAUAGUCCAAUAGAAUUGGUACUGUUUUUUUUUUGUUUUUUUUUUAAAUCAUCACUACAGCAUCGUCACAUCUGAAAAUGUGUCUGAUGGUGCCUAGGUCAUCAUAUUUAAUUCUGUUCAGUUGUAUUUGGACCUUCAGCUGUUCCACCUAAGAAAGCUGGCUACUUUCUGACAAAGUGGUUUUUAGAGUAAGUCAGGGUCAUGUACAUUCGGUUUUAUUGUUGAAAGCAAUUUUGUACGCUUGUUCAUUAUUGGAUGGUUGCUGUUUUUUCAGUGAUGUUGAGAUUCAGGCAGUACUAGCCAGCAGCUGGAAAUAAAUUGCUAAGAGUUUACUGAACAAGAACUAAUAAUUCAGUUCAUUCUCACAUUCCUGACUGAAUUUUUGACCUCUGGUCACUAAUAAUACAGAGUGGAGUAUUCGCAAUUUAAUCAGCGCACACAAGCAUACAAAGAGAAAUAAACAGUUUGCACGGUGUAAUUAUUUCUAUCCACAUCCAUUUAUUUCAGAUAACCUAUAAUGUGUGUUUUCCUUGUUUUAUUGUUUUUUAUUUUAUUUUAAUAUUGUCUUUUUUAAAACAUUUUUUAAAAGUCCAGGUGUAAUAACCUCAGUGCCUUAUGAUCAGAGUUACAUUUCUUCCUUCCCUGUACAUCACCUGUCACUUUGCUGGAUAUCUUUCUGUGUUUUAAACUGCAUUUGUUUACUGAACUAUCUUAUGAUAUUGAAAUUAUAUUAAAUUCCUCAUAUGUUUUAAUUAAACUGUAAAAAAUAUUUUACAGCAAACUAAGAUUUUAUUUGAUUUGAGCAUAAUACUAUUUUGAAAUGCAAUCCAAAGAAUAAUGUU